AUGCGUCAGGCGCGCAUCCGUGUUCUCCAUUUGGAGGGCAGAAAUCUGCUGGCCCUCCGCGUUCACGAUAGGCUCGUAGUACGAGCCACCCUCCAUCCCGACCUCUUUCGAGAGGUCGAACACCUUCGCCAUGGCGGCGCGCCGCUCCGUCGCUGCCCCGCUCUUGGACAGCUUCGCCGCCUCGAAUAUCUUCCCGUUCAGGGAAGACAUAUCCGCCGGGAAAAGCGGAUACUCCAGUGUUUCCACCAGAGCUCCCCACUCAAGUUGAGUGGAGGACGGCAGCUGCCCGAACACAGCCCAGUUAUGGUGCAUGACGCGGUUUGUGGCCAGCGCCAUGAAGAGGAGGUGGAAGAGCUCCAACGAGCGCUCCUCCAGGGUGCUUGUUUCUGUGGGCCAAAGGUACUGGCCCACCAACACCCGCGUGGGCGUAAGGCGCCCAUCGCGCGCGAGCUCCGCAUACGUCUUCAUAAAAAGACGCAGCUGCUCCUCGUCGUACUCGCGCGGGAUCGACUCCCAAAACUCGCGCGAGCGGCGCUGUGCCGCCUUCCAGGGGUGGAGAUUUCGCUCUCCCUGCGACUCCAGAACUUGCUGGAGGGAGGAUCCGGCCUGUUCCACAGGCUCCGCAAACUGGAGGCGCUGCAGGACCGUCUCCGUGGCGGCCUUCUUCUGCGCCUCCAACUCCGCGGCGGUGAAGGAGGUGAGGCCAGCUUCCUGCGCCUGGUCGAUGACCCGGUGGGCCUGGCCAACCGCCUUCUGCAUCCUCUCCCGGAAGUCUCCAUCGGAGACCACCGUUCGCGGGACGGACGCGCGUGGAACGGACAUCUUGUGUGGAGGGGAACUUGGUGCGAAAAAAGGGAGAGGAAAAAGCUUUCAAACUUUUUAAACUUUGACGGCUGCGGAAUGCUUUUGGCGGGAAGGGCGAAUGCUUCAGCAAUCACGAUACAUAAGAGAAGAGAUCGUGAGGAUCAAAAGAGAAGCAGGAGAAGCAGUAAGAAGAGCAGUCACAAGUGA